AAAAGAACGACUUUUCUAUCUGCCUCUUCUCUCCUUUUAUCGGUUCGUCUUCGCCUCUCGCCUCUCGCCUCUCGCCAGGGAAAACCCGUCCGCGUCCUUCUCUCGACUCAGGCUGUCCGCUUCCUUUGCAUUGACAUCCACCGAUCUCCACCGAAAUCAACCUCAAUCGAUUGCCAUAUCCAGGUUCCGUGCAAGGAUCACUCGGCUUCCGGCGAGGAAAUGUCGCUCUCGGCAGCCGACCUCCACACUGUGUACUCGUUCCUCUCCAACGCCUUGAGCAUUGACGAGUCCACCCGCAAGCAAGCGGAAUCCGCCCUAGCUCAGUGCGAGAACCGCCCCGGAUUCUGCACCUGUCUUCUCGAGAUCAUUGCCGCGAGGGAUUCAGGUUGCCGGGAUGAUGCUCUUCUUCUUGCCUCUGUGUAUUUUAAGAACAGCAUCAGUCGCUACUGGAGACACCGCCGUGAUACCUCUGGCAUUAGAAAUGGUGAGAAGAAUCACAUCCGAACAAAGUUGCUCUUACACUUGCGAGAAGAAAAUACCCAGAUAGCAAUUCAGCUGGCUGUUCUUGUUGCAAAAAUUGCACGCAUUGAUUACCCCAAAGAAUAGUGAGCUAGAAAAGCUUGGAGCAGAGAAACAUUCACUUGACUGUUUGAGUUGUGAUUAGGUAGAAUUUUGAAAAGAACACAUUGGGUAUUACUAUAUAAUUACAUAAAUCUAUGUGAAGGGAAUUAAAUCUUUCUAUUACUAUUCUUUCAACAAAAUGUACAUAUUUGAUUCUAACCCACAAUAUUGCUGUUGACCUUCAAAUGUCAGAUCCCUUUUCCUGUUGUCCUCUUAACCUCUUAUGGGACAUUCUGGUUCAUUGGAAAUGCAGGUGAUAUUUUCUUAUUGCGCACUGAUUAAUGGAUGGGGAAAUCAAAUUUCAUAAAGAUUCUAAUUGGUGGUAGUUGGUGGCAGUAAAGCAUUAUCCUCACUUAUAUACAAUAUUAUUAACAUUUUGCUUCAUGAUAUAAAAAAAUUCCUCUUUCACCUUUUUAAAUGCUGCACUACAUUUAUUAGCAUUGCUGAAGUUAAAAAUCUGUAAUAAAAUGAAUUUGCUAGUAAUUUUCUCUAUCACACUAGUUCAGAAUUGAUCCAUCUAGUUUUUGACAUGUUAAGAUAUCAUUCUAGUAGGAUUAGCAAGUCCAGUUAUUUCCUUCUUGAUUUGCAUAAUGUAAAUGGUGCUGUUUAUCUUGCUCUAUCAGAUAUUGAUAAAUGGCCAUGUGGUUUUUCUUCUUCUCCAUAAAUCACUUAGCCAAAAUGUUUGAGAAUAACUAAGAAUCUUGCAUAUACCUAUUAUCAUACUGAACUUCCUUUAACUCCUAAUAUUAUGGAUGGAGCGCUAAUUUAUAACAAAUUGUGUUUGUUUAGAAGUUCAAAUGAUCUGAAACUCCAAGCACACAUUGUUAUGCAUAUUCUGGUAGCAUAAUAUUGUGAACUAGGCAAUGACUUACAGUUACAAAUAGAGUUGAUGCAAACGCUUUCAAGAUUCAGAUUUUUAUAGCUUCAAUAUUUAUUAAUUAAAGAUAGGUUGCUAGUCACAAGGCCUUAACUUCUCAAAAGCUGCUUACAUAGACUUAAACAUCCCAAAUCUAAUUAGAGACCUGAAGAAAGUGAGUCCAGCAACUAAUUAGAACAGAGUAGGGAUAAAAAGGUGAGAUAACAUUACAAUUAAACCAGAAAUCAUUCACCCCCUAUGCAACCUAAAGCAUUGAUUUGGUUUGCUUCUACAUCACAUAGUUUCUAUGCAAGCAUGUUGUCUCAUAUUAACUCUUGAUUCUAGUUGGAUUUUCCAUUUCUGCAUGAGCCACACAUGCACUGAUUUGGUUGUGCAUGAUAUUCAAUGAAUUUACUUCAACUACUUGUUUCCCAUUUGUAUUUGUCUUCAAUGUACAAAUUAUCAUAUCAUCUCUGGUAUAUUAUCUUAGUUUAGAAUCAUAUAUAUUUCAAUGAUAUUUGCCUAAUUGCUUUUAGGCCAGAGCUCUUUUCAAUUUUAGGUCAACGACUCCAAUCACCUGAUACCCUAACUUCACAUAGAGUCUUCAUGGUUUUGUUUCGCACUUUAAAAGAACUCUCGAUAAAACUUCUCAACUCAGACCAGAAGACAUUUCAUGAGCCAUGCUUCUCUCAUAUUAUUUUUGAAACGAGUAUAUAUUUUCUAUGUUGGAUGUGAUACAUUCUUCAGUGAAAAUCUUAUAAGCGUUUUUCUUGAUAUGUUGGUUUUGCCUGGUGUCAAUAUGUUGUACAGCUGUUAAUUUUGUCUUCAAUAAGUAUGUACACGUUUUUUUAGUAGUGGAAGAUAAAUAUGCAAUUGGCAGUGUUCAUGGUUUGUACUUCUGUAAUUUUCCAAUAACUAAGCUAAAAUCUCUAUCUUGAGGCAAGCAUUCGAAAUUCCAACUACUUCUGUACUAUGCAGUUGGGCUAGCAUUGACUAAAAUUUUGAUUCAAUGUUCUGACUCAUAUGCAUACUUUUUGAUAUUCUCUUGUGUUCAUUUCAUGUUUAUUUCAUAUUUCAUGAGUUGCAUUUAUUUUUGAACUUAAUUGCAAUUUAUCUCAUAUUUACAGUAUUUGAUGUUAAUAUUUUAAUGUGGUCUUUGUAGGCAUCAAAGGAUUAUGGACCCAAGUCAAAUUAGACCAAAUUGAGCUCAAAUAUUGGUAAAUGAGGAGAUCGAGCUUUGGAGCAAUAUGGACCAUCCAUCCAAGAUCUGAAAAGAUAUGUUCCAUCCAAGCUCAAGAGAGAGUAGAUCAUCACCACAAAUUAAGCUAUGAAGCUUUUGAUCUAGAUCUGAAUUGAUCCAGCCAAGAUCCGAAGCAUUAUGGACCGUCUGUUCAGAUCUGAGAUCAUAUUCCAAAUUGAGGCUACAAUGAUCUUCUCACGGGUUCUGCUUGAUCUUCUCCUCACGCGGACGCUACCCGACGUCGCCACUAUCUCCUCCACCAUUGCCUCACCACCAAGUCCAAUGGCCGACUACACCAUCUCCACCUUCACCAUCAUCGGUCGGGCUCCACCUCAUCCUUAUCUCAUCUCACAGAAGAAGGCAAUCAAAGGAGUUUGACCAAUGCCGCCCAUCAAAAUCUCCAGCCAUUUUCCUCCUCGGGCUAGAAGUGGGAGAUACGGAUCCAUCUCCUCUUCACGGUAGAAGAGGAGAAGCAUCAUUGCCUCCACACCAAAACCAGCCGUUGUCACCCUUCUCUGUCUAGCACCCACGCCUUCGCCGGAGUUCCUCUCCUCUUCGGGUUAGAAGAGGGGAGUCUUCAACCAUCUCCAUCACACCCUCUCUCACGGACACCAUUUUCACGCAUAAAACAGCUCUGACCAUCUUCUCCAUAUCUUGCCAGCCAUAGCAGCCCCUUCCCCUCUUCGGGUUAGAAGAGGAGAAGCCCCUUCGUUGCGAUCCACAACUCCGUCCAUCCAGUGAUCCCUUCGUCCUUCAUUAGAUAUGUUGUUGGUUUGAUGUAGUUGGAUGUUUUCAUUGAUUUUUGUAUGCUUAUAAUCAAAUUCUAUCUCCCAUGUUUAAGUUGCUUGCAUUUGACUCA